AUGCUUCCAGGCGCGGGGGAGGCGGCGGGAAAGGGGGCGGAGGCGGGGAAGGCGGCCGCGGAGAUUCCCCCUCGCGCGCACAGGCGCAGGGAUACAGUCCUCCUCCUCCUCCUUCUCCUUCCUCUCCGCGCCGUGCCCGGCGGCGCCCGGCGCAGCGCCCGCCCGCCUGGCACCGCUCCGUCGCCAGGACGGCGCAGAGAGGCGAGGGCGCGGAGCCUCUCUUACACGGGCGGGAUCACGCACACGUCCGGAAGCUCCGCAGCCGAGAAAGCCCGGCGGGGACCGCAGCCCGACGGGGCUCCGCCCGGGAGGGAGGGUGAUUGGGGCUGCGGCACCCCCCGAGCACAGGGACACGGACAGGAACGGGGCGAGGCGGUGGCCGCCGUUGCAUUCCAGUGGGACUACUUUGCUUCCCCUCGCUCCCUCCGCCGUCUGCGAGGCGGAGGAACACUGGCGCGUGAGGCCGGGACUACUUUGUGCCCCAGAGCUGCGGCGGCGCUGGAGCGGCGGCACAAAGAGUGCUGGGCCGGGAAGGGGCCGGAGCGGCCGGGAGAGGGGGGGAAGCAGUGUGGAAAAAUGAAGUUAUGGCUAGUACCCCCUGCGUGUAGACCGAAGAGCAGUGAUCUUGGCCUUUCCCGAAGCAGAGGCAGCAGGCGUCCCUUAUCAGCAGGAAUUGGCUGCUUGGCUGAUGUAAUGAGAAAAUGCAAGAAUUCACACAGCAAGCAGAGAAUAGGGAGAAGGGCUGAGGCACUUUUAAGCUACUUUUGUAAUUUUGAGCUUUUCCAGAAUUGGAGGUGGACCUUGUAUAAAUCAAGAGUGGUGGAGAUAACUGUAUUACAGGUUUUUGCCAACAAAGAGAGCAGUCUGUCUUUCUACACAAGCUGAAAGAACAGUUGAAAGACUACAUUUAUAACCCUCCAGAUUUAAAAACAGUUAACCCCAGAGUUCCACAGUAUCUUUUAUCCGAAACUUUUAAAUAAUAUUCUGUAAGCCACUGAUUUAUGAAUUAACUGAUCUGUAUCACAUGAAGGAUUGGAGAUGUUUAAAAAUAAACCUGUCCUCUGCUGGAAUGGAA